CCUUGUCACCCAAGUUUCCCCUCCGCUCCGGUAAUAAAUUACUGUAUUGAGCAUAAUAAUAAUAAUAAAACGAUUCCGAUCUGAUUAUCAAAACUUCAUCUAAUUACCCGGCCACUCUAAUAAUAAAACUUCAUGUCCUUCAUCAUCAUCAUCGUCAUCUAAUUUACCUUGUCGUUUCCAAUGUCUCUCUAACAGGUACAUAAUAUUGUAAGCAUAUUGUAGUUUUUGAUACAAUGUCGACUGCAAGUGUUGGUCUUACACCAUUUCUCGAAGAUUAUUUGGAUUUCCCUAACCAUGUAUUGGGUCAAUGUGAUCCAUGGUCACGGGAAUCCAUCUUGAUUUUCUUAACCAUGUUGGAUUCUGUUGUACCAAUACGUGUUUCGGAGUCUGAAUCCAUUGCAUCGAUAAAACUAAGGAUACAAACGUCAAAAGGCUUCUAUGUUAAAAACCAAAUGUUAGUUUUUGAUGGGAAAGAACUUGCAAGGAAUAAUUACCGUGUUCGUGAUUAUGGUGUAACUGAUGGGGAUGUGUUGUAUUUGGUUCUUCGGUUGUCUGAUUUACAAACUAUAACUGUUCGAACUGUUUGUGGGAAGGAGUUUGAGUUAAAAGUUGAGAGGAAGAGAAAUGUAGGGUAUGUGAAACAGCAAAUUGCUAGUAGGGAGAAAAGUUUUGUUGGUCCUGAUGAUCAAGCACUAAUAUGUAAUGGUGAGGAGCUUGAGGAUCAAAGACUUAUUAGCGAUUUAUGUAGUAGUGAAGAUGCUACAAUUCACUUUCUGGUCCGGAAAUCUGUUAAAGUAAAGGCUAUACCUGUGAAGGAUUCUUUUGAAGUUACUAUGGUUGCUCGUGAGUUUGAUAAUUCUGAAACGGGUGGUAUAGUUUUAGAAAAGUCAUUAGCUAGCAGGGGUUUCUUGUUGGAACCAAUGAUCGUUAAUCCUAAGAUUCAAGUAAAGAGUGUGCUUAAGAAGCUAAUUGAUUCUACAUUUGAUGGAUUAGAAAAAGGUUUUAAGCCUAUUAGGUCUACUGAGGGAACAGGUGGAACUUAUUUUAUGCAAGAUUCGUCUGGUAAAAAGUAUGUGUCUGUCUUUAAGCCCAUAGACGAGGAACCCAUGGCUUUGAAUAACCCAAACGGGCUGCCAUUGUCCACUGAUGGAGAAGGGUUAAAGAAAGGUACACGUGUAGGCGAAGGUGCUAUUCGUGAAGUGGCAGCAUAUCUACUGGAUGAUGGUUUUGCUGGGGUUCCCCCAACCGUUUUGGUCAAAUGUUUACAUGAAGCAUUCAAUUAUUCAGGAGAUUUUGACUACUCUCAGACAAACGUCAAAGUUGGGUCAUUGCAGAUGUUUAUAAGGAACUGUGGGAGUUGUGAAGAUAUGGGCCCAAGUUCCUUCCCUGUCCAAGAAGUGCACAAGAUAUCUGUGCUGGACAUCCGGCUGGCUAAUGCAGACCGCCAUGCUGGCAAUAUAUUAUUCACUAAAGAGGGAGAAGAUGGCAGAACUGUUCUUGUACCCAUUGAUCAUGGCUAUUGCUUACCUGAGAGUUUUGAGGAUUGCACAUUUGAUUGGUUGUACUGGUCCCAAGCACAAGAGCCAUACUCUGAGGCCACGAUCGAGUACAUAAGUACACUGGAUGCAGAACAAGAUCUCGAGCUUUUGAAGUUUCAUGGAUGGGAAGUUCCAGUUGCAUGUGCACGCAUAUUUCGUAUCUCCACAAUGCUUUUAAAGAAAGGGGCAGCAAGAGGGUUGACACCAUUUGCGAUCGGCAGUAUUAUGUGCAGGGAAACAUUGAAGAAGGAAUCCAUAAUCGAGCAAAUUGUUAGAGAGGCAGAAGAAGGGUUCCUACCAGGUACUAGUGAAGAUGCAUUUAUUGAAUCUGUGUCAUUGAUUAUGGAUCAUUGGCUUGAUAAAUUGUCUUUAUGACUCCAUUGCACAUCACUAAAUCUCUGUCAAUGAUUUUAGACCACCAUUGGCUUGAUAAAUUGUCUGCACGAGUCCAUUAAGCAUCAUUGAAUCUGUUCAAGAUUAUGAACAUUUGGUAUGUUUGUAAUGUGAAUUCUUGUUUUGGAAAUAAGGCUUUCCUAUC